AGUUGCCGUUGAUCGUUAUAAUAGCGCGAUCUUUGUGUUAGCUCUUAGUGUUCUGGCUAAAACAAAAUAUUAUAUAAUAACGAAAUUUUUAUUUAAAAUAAAAAUUGCUACCUGAACGCAGGAGAUAACAGUUGAAAAUGGAAGACGGUCACUCGAAAACCGUCGAACAAACUCUGAACUUCUUCGGCACGGACGGCGAGCGCGGUCUAAGUGUCAAUCAGAUCAAGGAGAACCAGAAGAAAUAUGGACCAAAUGAACUGCCAACCGAAGAAGGAAAGAGUAUUUGGCAACUAGUUUUAGAGCAGUUUGAUGAUCUUCUUGUUAAGAUUUUGCUAUUGGCCGCCAUCAUUUCAUUUGUUUUAGCGCUAUUUGAAGAACAUGAAGAUACUUUCACAGCAUUUGUAGAACCCUUAGUCAUUUUACUCAUUCUGAUAGCAAAUGCAGUGGUUGGUGUUUGGCAAGAGCGUAAUGCUGAGUCAGCCAUUGAGGCCCUUAAAGAAUACGAGCCCGAGAUGGGUAAAGUAGUGCGCCAAGACAAAUCUGGCAUCCAAAAAGUCAGAGCGAAAGAGAUUGUGCCUGGCGAUUUGGUUGAGGUGUCAGUUGGCGACAAGAUUCCAGCUGAUAUUCGCAUUACCCAUAUCUAUUCGACUACUCUUAGAAUUGAUCAGUCUAUUCUCACCGGCGAGUCAGUGUCCGUUAUUAAGCACACGGACGCUAUUCCAGAUCCUAGAGCUGUCAAUCAAGACAAGAAGAAUAUUUUGUUCUCUGGUACAAAUGUGGCCGCUGGCAAAGCUCGCGGUGUUGUAAUUGGCACUGGACUUAACACUGCUAUUGGUAAAAUUCGUACUGAAAUGUCUGAGACUGAAGAGAUCAAAACGCCAUUGCAACAGAAAUUGGAUGAAUUCGGUGAGCAACUAUCCAAGGUGAUUUCCAUUAUUUGCGUUGCUGUCUGGGCUAUUAACAUUGGACACUUCAACGACCCCGCCCACGGUGGCUCUUGGAUUAAGGGCGCCAUUUACUACUUUAAAAUUGCUGUGGCACUUGCCGUCGCUGCUAUUCCCGAGGGUCUCCCCGCUGUCAUUACAACUUGUUUGGCUUUGGGUACUCGCCGCAUGGCUAAGAAAAAUGCUAUUGUGCGUUCCCUGCCAUCUGUAGAGACCCUUGGUUGCACUUCAGUUAUUUGCUCUGAUAAAACUGGCACACUAACUACUAAUCAGAUGUCCGUUUCGCGCAUGUUCAUCUUCGAUAAGGUGGAAGGUAAUGACAGCAGCUUUUUGGAAUUCGAGUUGACUGGCUCAACUUAUGAACCAAUUGGCGAGUUGUUCCUCAAUGGUCAGAGAGUGAAGGCCAGCGAUUACGACACGUUGCAGGAAUUGGCUACAAUUUGCAUUAUGUGCAACGACUCGGCUAUUGAUUACAACGAAUUUAAGCAAGCUUUCGAAAAGGUUGGCGAAGCUACCGAGACUGCUCUAAUUGUUUUGGCUGAGAAACUGAACCCGUUCAAUGUGAAUAAAUCUGGUUUGGAUCGCCGUUCUGCUGCUAUUGCUAUUCGCGGAGAAAUCGAAACUAAGUGGAAGAAGGAAUUCACCCUUGAGUUCUCCCGCGAUCGUAAAUCCAUGUCGUCCUACUGCACACCACUUAAAGCAUCUCGCUUGGGCACGGGACCAAAGUUGUUUGUCAAAGGCGCCCCCGAAGGUGUUUUGGAUCGUUGCACGCAUGCCCGUGUAGGUACUUCAAAGGUGCCACUAACUUCUGCGCUUAAGAGCAAGAUUUUGACCCUCACUGGCCAAUAUGGUACCGGUCGUGACACACUUCGUUGCUUGGCUCUUGCUGUUGCUGAUAGCCCUGUUCGUCCCGAAGAUAUGGACCUGGGCGACUCUAAUAAAUUCCACCAGUAUGAAGUUAAUCUAACAUGGGUUGGCGUUGUUGGCAUGUUAGAUCCACCUCGCAAAGAAGUUUUUGACUCAAUUGUUCGCUGCCGUGCAGCUGGAAUACGCGUUAUUGUAAUUACUGGCGACAACAAGGCCACAGCUGAGGCUAUCUGCCGUCGCAUUGGCGUGUUCACAGAAGAUGAAGAUACAACUGGCAAAUCAUAUUCUGGACGCGAAUUCGAUGAUUUAUCACCAGCAGAACAGAAGUCUGCCUGUGCCAGAGCUCGUUUAUUCUCACGUGUGGAGCCACAGCAUAAAUCGAAGAUCGUUGAAUAUUUGCAAGGCAUGAAUGAAAUUUCUGCUAUGACAGGUGAUGGUGUCAAUGAUGCUCCAGCCUUAAAGAAAGCCGAAAUUGGUAUUGCUAUGGGUUCUGGUACUGCCGUAGCCAAAUCUGCUGCUGAAAUGGUCUUGGCUGAUGACAACUUUUCAUCCAUUGUGUCUGCUGUUGAAGAAGGUCGCGCUAUUUACAACAACAUGAAGCAAUUCAUUCGUUACCUCAUUUCCUCCAAUAUUGGUGAAGUCGUUUCAAUCUUUUUGACUGCUGCCCUUGGCCUGCCCGAAGCUUUGAUUCCUGUCCAGCUCUUGUGGGUUAACUUAGUUACUGAUGGUUUGCCAGCUACAGCUCUUGGCUUCAAUCCACCAGACUUGGAUAUUAUGGAAAAACCACCAAGGAAAGCCGAUGAAGGUCUUAUUUCCGGAUGGCUAUUCUUCCGUUAUAUGGCAAUCGGUUUCUAUGUCGGUGCAGCAACUGUUGGCGCAGCAGCUUGGUGGUUCUUGUUCUCUGCUGAGGGUCCAAAUCUAACAUACUGGCAACUCACUCAUCAUUUGUCUUGCUUGGGCGGUGGUGAUGAAUUCAAGGGCGUCGAUUGUAAAAUCUUCAGCGAUCCGCAUGCAAUGACAAUGGCUCUGUCUGUACUUGUCACUAUUGAGAUGUUGAAUGCCAUGAACAGCUUGUCUGAAAAUCAGUCAUUGAUAACAAUGCCUCCAUGGUGCAACUUUUGGCUGAUUGGUUCCAUGGCACUUUCAUUCACUCUUCACUUUGUUAUUCUUUACGUCGAUGUCCUCUCUACUGUCUUCCAAGUGACACCGUUGUCUCCAGAGGAAUGGAUAACUGUGAUGAAAUUCUCAAUUCCUGUAGUUUUAUUAGAUGAAACAUUGAAGUUUGUUGCUAGAAAAAUCGCAGAUGUUCCUGACGUCGUCGUCGACAAGUGGUAAUGUCCACCCAACCAAAUGUGGCAAUGAGUGUGAAUGACAGACUAUUCUACCUUCAUCGAUCGUCGAUCGUAUGUUUAUCGCUGAGCCAGCCCUGUUACUUGCAACUACAACUAUAAAUCCAACAUAAAACAUAAUAUAUACGAAAUAAAUUAUUUAUUUGCCUUAGAAAGUAAAUUCUUAACGGAUGAAUAUCUUAAACUGUGGGUUAGUAAGAACGGAUUAAAUAAAUAUGUACCAAACAAGUUUUCAAAAAUUA